AUUCAGCCGGCCAGUCGGCGAGACGGGCUUUCUGUCCUAGAACCAUGGCCCAGUUUGUCCGUAACCUCGCGGAGAAGGCCCCGGCGCUGGUCAGCGCUGCUGUGACUUACUCGAAGCCUCGAUUGGCCACAUUUUGGCACUAUGCCAAGGUUGAGCUGGUUCCUCCAACCCCUGCUGAGAUCCCUACAGCUAUUCAGAGCUUGAAAAAAAUGAUCAAUAGUGCUCAAACUGGCAGCUUCAAACAGCUUACAGUUAAGGAAGCUCUACUGAAUGGUUUGGUGGCCACUGAGGUGUGGAUGUGGUUUUAUGUUGGCGAGAUCAUAGGCAAGCGUGGCAUCAUUGGCUAUAAUGUUUGAAGACCAGUCUUUGCUUUGUUAUUUGGGUGUUCUUGGACCAUGUGUGAGCAGACUGCUAUUUGAAUAAAAUAAGACAAUGUGUCA